ACACACUCCGAUUUCUCUUUUUCUCUAUUUCUUUUGAAAUUCGCGAUCUUUUUGUCGCCUACCCACGCGUAAAAAUAGAUAUUCGACAAUGGAGAUCCAACGUCGCGAAAACGCGCGAAUACACGUGUCGCGCUUUUUGUCACGGUCUCUUUCCCUCCGUGAAAAUGACAGCAGACGCAACCCACCGAUCAACACAUUUUCCUUCAGAUCAUUCGACACGACGUGCCUGCCAUCCUCAAAAUCGGCCGAACGUGUGACCGAACCAGCAAGUUCCUUGCCCAACGAGAACAUAUCUCUGGCUGAGCCACAAGAGGAAAAGAUAGAUACGAGGGUAGGGUUAGUAGGCGAGUCUCUUCCGAUCAACAACAGUAGCACCACCACCACCACCACCACUAGCAGCACCGGCAGCAGCAGCAGCAGCACCACCACUAUUACUAGCACCACCACCAACACCACCACCACCACCACUACCACCAGUAGUUCGAUUCCAAGAGCAACGACGGAUCAGGGCAGCAACGAGAAACAAGCAGUCGGUGAGUGGAAUUCAUUACCGGUACUGGUAGAGCGCCUUCGUUCGGUGCUCGAGCUCUCGCUCGCGAUAGCCGAUACUUCGUCGUCGUCACCGAUCAAGGAAGAUUCACGAGGGCUUGCACUGGACGUCGAUGAUUCCCGAAAAGUUCGUCCCAUGGACGAACGAUCAACGACUAGCAAGAAUAGUAACGGCAAGGAACAAGACUUAAAGAACGACUUGAGGUUCCUCGAGGACCUCUUGAUGUCCGACAUACACACAGCUCUUUCACGUUUACGAGAAACCCUUGAGAGAAUCGACGUUGGCGCGUUAGCAAAACACGGUGCUGCUUCCGACCCAACUAGUAAACUUCAACUUCUACGUCUAGUGUCGAGUUUACUUUCCCGAUUAGAGAUGCCACGUGAAUCGUUAGAGGAAGAAAAGAAGAUACUUUCCCAAGAAGAGAAGUUAAAGUCUUCUUUGACAACUACAACAUCGUCUCUGAAUAAUCGUAGAAGACGAGGUAGCAGACACACGAUUGGUGUUUCUGCCGAGGAACUAGCAUGUGCUAGGAAAUGGUUACAAGAGGAAAAAAAUUUUAAAGAGGUGACACCAUUUACGAAAAUAACACCCCCACCGUUGUUCUCUACCACACCAACGAAGGCUACCGAUUCUUCCGAAGAAAAGCCAAGACCCGAAGAGAUACACGACAAAUAUACGAAAGACGCCAUCAAUCAUCGACAGUCUCUACGCGAUAAAAAUAAUAUCGAUAAGGGUCUUGAAAUUCGACCACGUGCUGUUCCCUUCUAUGCCGAUAAAACGGACUUUGUUGUCUCCCAAUCGACUAAUGCUUCAAACGAAGUGACUCAUCAUCAGUCUCUACGACCUAGUAUCGACUCGAGGAACAAAUUGGACAACACGGAAGUUGGCAACGUAGAAGUCGGUCGUGUUGGCAGGUUGGCUGCGGCUCUUCAGCAACGAGUGGAAUCCUCGAGCAAGUGUACUUCUUCCAAUCGAUUUAUUGCAAAAAAAUCAAAGAUCAAACGAGCCAAUACCAUUGACAUUCCAAGUUACCUCAAAUUACAAGCUGACUGUCUCAAGCAAGAGGGUAGCGGUUGCGUAUCUCUAAAGAAACCUAUAAAUGUCAGCGACAAGGCAAAUUGUAGCUCAAUCAAGAAUAUGAUCGUACCAUCCUUCCAACCGAGAACUGAAAAUGAUAGAAAAUUCAUGGCAUUAAUUAAUAAGAACAACGAUACUCCUGUAUUUAACGCACCAACGUCGUUCAAAUCAUUUGGUUACACAAAAACAAUGGAUUCAUCAACGAUAAGCAACGAAAAUUGGAACAGUCGUUUCUCGAAUAUCAAGACAGCUUUUGACAAGACGACGACUUCCGGUGAUGAGUCUGAACAACAAGUUAACAAGAACAAGCUUCCGAAACGGCCACCGAUAGUUCCUCAAGUGACUCAGCGAUAUAAUCCUGGAAAGGAAAAGCCCUUCAACGCGAAUGUCUUCUGUAACUUUGAACACGAUACACCUAACGCUGGUCAAUCGAUCUCUCCUGGUUUCAGACAUGCUCCUUCCUCUCCUUUUCGAAGGAUCGAAAAGACAACUAUUGUAUCGAACUUCGUUAAGCCUUCACCGAUCCCUACCAAUCCUCCUAAAAGCAAUAUACCCAUGCCUGGCAAUACAUUACGUGAGAAGGCAAGAAAGAUGUUUGAUCGUGGCGGCAACAGUAACAACGUUCAACAACGAUCUUUGGAAUACAAAGUUCAAGUCGAUGGAAACUCGGAGAGACGUACCUUUCCACGACCACCUUGGAUCGAACAUGAGAAAUCAUCGAGUGUAACGAACGCAGAAAAUGGACGUCUAGAUUACCGUUCGUUCUGUAAGCAAUUUGCACCGUUCGUUAGCAAAGGUGCAUCCUCGUUAUCCUUGGAAAAAACAUCCUCCGAGUUCAACGAUGCUCCUCGGCAAAAAUCUAAAUUAUAUCAACCUCUAAAUGAAUUGAUUAGUGAACAAAAUCAUCCGAACGUUGUGGAUGGAAAAAUUUCGUUCCAGAUGAUAUCAAAGGAUUACAAUCAUUAUAACAUUCAGGGAACUCGUGAUUCUCGUGAUUUUAUUAGUGAAACUGAAACCUCAGGUGGAUCUCAACAAGCUGACGUUACUCUACGUGGCAGUGCAUCAGUAGCUGUUCAAACUGGUGUUCAGGAUGAAACAACCUACGAUGAAGCUAGAUCCUUUCGUGUUGCUCCAAAGAUCUCGAAUGGGCCACCUUUGAUUUGUAGCAAUGUCUCGAUACAAACAUCAAGUGAUGUGCCUUCUACGAUUUCAGAAGAUGUUCAAAAUUUUCUUUCGGAUAAUCAGAAAAAUCAUGACGAAGAGAAAAGUCGUGAAGAAUAUCGUUCGCGAAAUGAAUCGGAUAGUGUUCUGCCGUUAAAAGAAAACGUUCGCGAAGCUGUGCCUUUACACGAUUAUUGUUCCGAAACGAUCGUAAAAAAUCCACAGGUGCAAAAUCAGACAGCUUUGGUGACAGUUUACGAUGAGCCAAUACCGAAAGCUGAACAAAACGAAUACGAAUCAGCGAAGGUGAACUAUGCGGAAGAUGAUCGAUCUCAAUCUAAACAUUAUGACUAUUUGGAUGCUAAAAAUAUUCAAAAUCAAGAUAUAAGCGAAGAGGAAGGUGUCGUAACGAGAUAUACUUGUGCUAUAGCCACAGUGGCAACUGUUGAAAAUCCAAAUAUUCAAGAGGAAAUUGUCGAGCCAUCGUACUUCAGGGAAUACUCGACUCCAUCUGUGUCACCUGUCUGGUCCAACUCAAAAUCGAAAACAAGUAACGACGAAGAAGUUGAUGAGGAGAUACGUAGACACAAUAUGUUGCAACAAAGUUUGAUACAGCGUCUCCAUCAUGAACGUUGUACUAUGAUCGAUCAUCCAUUUAAGCGAUCACCGAUCGAUUAUCAAAAUGAAACACAUGAGAAUAGCAAGAAGGAACAACAAACCAUUGAACAAGGGUACUACGUACCUCCACGAAGUAACGAGUAUAUACCGAUGAAGAAUGUAAACAGACUCGAAUCGAUCUCACCCUCUUCUUUACUCAAUCAAUCGAAACGUAUUGUUAAUCUUCCUCAAGCGAAGAAAUUCUUUUCACCGGAUUUACCAACGAAACAAACUCAAAUCACACCAUCUACGUCGCGCGUAGUCAAUCAAGUUUCAGCUCUGAGAGGAGUUUAUGAACAACCAGUCGUUAUUCCAAACAAACCUAUUCGCAAGGAACGAUCACCGAUAUCAAAUGGAACAAAUCCAAUUGAUUCCAGCGAUGAAUAUUUAAUGUCUUGCGCCAAUCAACCAUCUAGAUCGAUCGUUCUUUCAAAAUCUGAAUCUUGGCAUCAGUUGGCUCUUUCCAACAGUUCCUCUCGUAUUCCUCGUACAAACGACUCCAACCCUUCGUCGUUAUCGAGAGCUUCUUACUUACCGAAACCCCCAAAACCUAGAUCACCGUCGACCAUGAAAUUUCGAACAAAACAAUACGAAGCAUCUUCAGACAGUGUCAAAAAGAUGGAGGACAAGAUAAGAAGAUAUUUUGAUAAUCCCAAUGAAAGUUCAACGAACGAAACUAAGGAAUCAAAGAAACGUUCCUCUCCUCGUCAUAUUCAUGGAAAGUGCAUGAUCGGUCUAUCGAGAAGUCGUACCUUGCCUGGUAUCUGCGAACAGAAACUCGUCUUGACGAUACCACCAACACAAGUACCUCUCCUACAAGUUAACAGUGCUGACGUCGACAAGGUCUUCGACGACAUCUUCCAGGAAGCCACGAGGAUGGACGGUCAGCAUUGCUGACCGAUCAACUUUAUCUCUCUCUCUCUCUUCUUUUUCUUUUUGUUCUUCUUGCAUCGGCCACUUGUAAUGGUAGCGAUAGCUGCUGCGAAUACGCAAGAAAUUGAGUUACGAUAAAAAAUUCAUCGCAAACGGAUCCAUUGAUCGAACGCAAGAUGCAAUGUGAUUUUUAUAUUUGUGUAUUAUUCUUUUAUUGUUAUACUUGUUCUUGUUAUUGUUAUUGUUAUUAUUAUUAUUAUUAUUAUUGAAAGUAUCGUCCAUGAGAUGAUAUCUACAUAAAUACUUAGUAUCACGUAAAACGCGCGACGGUCAUAUUCACAAACCAAAGACUGUGUUAAUAUCGUCAAGUGAGAAAUAAUCAAAAUCGAAUAAUCAUAUUUAUCGUUGGUUCGCACAAUAAAAAAAAUAUAAUAAGGGAUGUUAGAGAUA